CCUCCCGGAUGCCAGUGUAGCACCCAUAUCCGCUCGACCUUUGCUGUGCUCGGCUCGGGGCAGCAAGUGAACGGCAAACCCUAGGAAGGCCUCUUUGCUUCGCCUUUUUCCGUGGAGAUCGAGUGAGGCAGCGUGGCGGCGAAGCGAUUACCGAUGCUUCCUUAGGUUUCUCAGCUCACGUUUCGAUUUGUUGCCGAUCACUUAUUCCAGUUUGGCUUUGGCGUUUCGUGUUCUUUCGUUUCUUUGGGUUUGGAAUCUGUUUCCGGAUUACUUCGUGGAGCUGAUUAAGAGGAAGAGGGGGGAUGUGAAGAGAUGGAGGGAAACUUCGGAGGUGGUUACGAUGGUGUAGGAGAGAACAGAGGACUAAGCGAUGACCAGCCUUCGAAUCCUUUUGCAGGAGCGCGUCGGCAAUGCUUCACUGGGACACCGCGCAAGGCUGUACGUGUUCGCCACGAAUCUGUCGCAAAGACAAAAUUACUGGACAUGACUAUUGAGAUUGAGAAAGGCACUAGGGUUUGUGAAAUUGAUUUCCUCCCAAUUGUACGGUCUGGGGCUUGGGCUGAUAUUGGGUUCCGAAAAACAAUGGAAGAUGCCUAUAUUUGCUGUGACAAUUUUAUGCAAGUUUAUGGAACUAAGACUUUUGGAGAACCAAGUGCCUUUUAUGGGGUGUUUGAUGGGCAUGGUGGGAAACAUGCUGCAGAUUUUGCUCGCAGCAAUUUGCCUAGAUUUCUGUUAGACGAUGAGGAUUUUCCAGGAGAGAUUCAGAGAGCAGUUGCUUCUGCAUUCUUACAGACAGAUAUUGCGUUUGCAGAGGCCUGCUCUGUCAACUCCUCACUUGCUUCUGGUACGACUGCACUGGCUGCGUUAGUUGUUGGAAGUUCGUUGGUGGUUGCAAACGCUGGAGAUUGCCGUGCUGUCCUUUGUCGCCGUGGAAAGGCAAUUGAGCUGUCACAUGAUCACAAGCCAGAUUGCAGUAGCGAAAGGAAAAGAAUUGAAUCCUUGGGUGGGCAUGUCUAUGAUGGUUAUCUCAAUGGGCAGCUCAAUGUGGCCCGUGCUAUAGGGGAUUGGCACAUGGAUGGAAUGAAAGAUCCAGAUGGCGUGGGCCCUCUUAUUGCAGAUCCAGAAGUGACAAGAAUGCGAUUAACAGAGGACGACGAAUUUCUGAUAUUGGGUUGUGAUGGAAUUUGGGAUGUCUUCCUCAGCCAGAAUGCAGUGGACUUUGCACGACGGAAGCUCCAAGAACACAAUGAUCCACCCACCUGUUGCAAGGAGCUCGUUGAUGAAGCCCUGAAGAGGAAGAGCUGUGACAAUCUAUCUGUGGUCUUAGUGUGCUUCCAAACUAAGCCACCCCCGAUCCUAACUGCUCGAAGGCCUCUAGUCCACAGUAUUAUAUCAGCAAAGGGCCGCAAGGAGCUGCAAAGUUUUCUGGAUUGAGUAGGAAGCAUUUCGUCCUGUUGCUCUUUUUCCAUUUCAAUUCUUAGGCGGAGUUUAGCUUAGCUGCUUGGUUUUUAGCUCAAUUCCCCUGCCCCCUUGAGAUUUGGUUCCAAUUGUACCAUAUGCGGCGGCUGAUCCCAUCUACAAUGAGUUAAAUGUUCUCUCAAUUGUUGGCAUAAGAAUCAGACCAACCUUCAUUUAUUUACUUUGCUAGACUUGUUUCAUAGACUGCUGCUGCUGCAUUGCAGCACAUUAAAACACAUAAAGGCGAGUGAUUUAGUAA